GAGGCCAAAUUUCCUCAGGUGCAAUAACUCCACAUAAUUGGCCAAAGAAAUCUAGAGAGAAAUAAAUGGCGAGGGGAAGAUAGUCAGAUUGGUAGAUAUAUGUGCUUUAUUAUACAACUGGUGGCUGAGUGCAAUAAAGAAGGGAUGAGAAGGGCAAUCAUGAUUUGGAUGUGGUGAAUGUGUGUGGAACUGUGUGCACCUUCAAUUCAAUUCAAGAGAGAGGUCUUUUUCUGAGAUAUAUAGUUUUGCUGUUUGGCCUGUUUUUGGGGUUGUUAAGAGGUGGCUCUAGUUUUUUUUAUCUACUAAUGGUGCUCUAGUUUGUGUUUUUUGUGUGUGUUUUUGCUCUGAAAGAUGAAAUGGUUUUUUCCCCUCCCAUUUUGGUCUCUUCUUGCUCUAUUGUUUCUUGCAUUUCUCUCUCUAAAAUGUGAACCCACUUCUCUAAACUACACCAAAUACACACAAGUUAGCAGCUUGAGACUUGAGAGGAUUCAUAAGCAUUUGGAAAGAAUCAAUAAGCCCCCUCUCCUCACCAUUCAGAGCCCAGAUGGAGAUAUGAUUGAUUGUGUUCAUAAAAGAAAACAGCCAGCUUUGGAUCAUCCUCUUCUCAAGAAUCACAAAAUCCAGAAAAUUCCGCCGGAAAUGCCAAAAGGGCUAAAAAUGGCGGAAACAGGAGUAAGAGGAGACAACGGCAACAGAAGUGUGUGGCAAAUGUGGCAUCAAAAGGGGCAGCGCUGCCCCAAGGGCACUGUGCCAAUACGGCGGAGCACAGCGCGCGACGUGCUGAGAGCUAAAUCCGUCUAUCAUUUUGGCAAGAAAUCAUCGAGAUACGCGGCGGCUGCGACACUUAGCCGCCGCGCCGACGCUCCCGAUGUUGUUAGUGGCAAUGGCCACGAGCAUGCGAUAGCAUACACGACAGGAUCGGGAGAAGUGUACGGGGCAAAAGCGACAAUAAACGUGUGGGACCCAUCGAUAGAAGAGGUGAACGAGUUUAGCCUCUCGCAAGUUUGGAUUCUCUCCGGCUCGUUUGAUGGCUCCGACCUCAACAGUAUUGAAGCUGGUUGGCAGGUCAGUCCGGAGUUGUAUGGUGAUAGCAGGCCAAGACUCUUCACUUAUUGGACGAGCGAUUCAUAUCAAGCAACAGGAUGCUACAACCUCCUAUGCUCCGGAUUCAUACAAACAAAUAGCCGGAUAGCCAUCGGGGCCGCCAUCUCACCGGUGUCAUCCGCAGGCGGAAAUCAAUUCGACAUCACUAUCACCAUUUGGAAGGACCCUAAAUUGGGAAAUUGGUGGAUGAACUUUGGUGAUAACACAUUAGUGGGCUACUGGCCCACUGAGCUAUUCACCCAUCUAACGGACCGGGCCACGAUGGUUGAAUGGGGAGGCGAGGUCGUAAAUUCCAGAGCCAACGACGAACACACCUCGACCCAAAUGGGCUCGGGCCAUUAUGCAGAAGCAGGGUUUGGAAAAGCGAGUUAUUUUAGAAAUCUAGAGAUCGUGGAUUCGGACAACAGCCUCAGCUCGGCCCGGGAUAUAUCAACCUUAGCCGAGAACACCAAUUGCUACAACAUCAAAAGCUCCUACAACAAUGAAUGGGGCACACAUUUUUACUAUGGUGGGCCUGGAAAAAGCCCACAAUGCCCGUGAUUGUAACGUAGCCCGGCCCAAACUCCAAAUUCUUUGUUAAUUUGCUGAAGAUUUGUAGAAUUGGUGCUAUUUCCAACCUUGUUUUUGCUCGUUUGGGUUUUCAAGUUGGUGGGAAGAAAUGUAGAAUUAUUAAAGCAUAAAACAGGUGAGGAAAUAGCUAUAAUUUAUUUUGUAAAAAAAGGUCAUUAUUAAUCGUUUAAAGUGGUUGUUUAGCAUUAGUAUUUCUUUUA